CGUAACUCCAACUUUCAGCCCUACAGACAGACAAUUAGGAUAUCGAAUUCCAUCAUGCCUGACUCUCCCUUCUCUCCAGAAGAGAGCCAAACGAGCAACGAACGGGCGGUAAUAGUCCGCCUGCUCCAUGAACUAGGGCUUGUCUCCGUGUGGCGGUCCCCACGCGAUGUGAAGCUUCUCUGCGCCCAGCGCUUCGUGCGGCUCUUCGCCUACGGCAGCUCCACGCUGAUUCUCGUCUCGUAUCUCUCCGCGUUGGCCAUCUCCGACGAUCGCAUUGGGCUGUUCAUGACCCUGACGCUGAUCGGGGAUGUGGUGAUUAGUUUCCUGUUGACGUUAUUUGCGGACGCGAUGGGUCGGCGGGCUGUCUUGUCCUUGGGGUCGGUUUUGAUGGCCGGUAGCGGGGUGGUCUUUGGACUUGGGGCUGGAUUUUGGGGGCUAUUGGCCGCUGCUGUGCUAGGUGUCAUAAGUCCCAGUGGCAAUGAGAUUGGACCCUUCCGAGCGGUGGAGGAGUCGACGCUUGCGCAUCUGACUCCGCAUGAGGAACUGAGCGAUAUCUUCGCCUGGUACUCGCUCGUCGGCACGGCGGGCACGGCGCUGGGCAUGAUGGCCUGUGGGUGGGCGAUCAAGUUCCUGCAGGUCACCAAGGGGUGCGAUUUCGUUACUGCGUGUCGGGUCAUGUUCUUCGUGUACGCCGCGAUCGGGGUAGUGAAGCUGGUUCUGACCCUGUGUUUGAGCCGCAAGGUCGAGGCGAUCAAGAAGGAUGAUCGCGCAGCACAGCAGGACGAAGAGCCCGGGGAGACGGAGCCGCUGCUGGCAGAUCGUCUUCCCGAGGACGAGGAACAGCAGCCUCAGCCCAAGAAGGACAAACCGUCCCUGCUUGCGGCGUUUGAUCACGACCUUCUUAGCUUGGUGCUCAAGCUGUUCUUGCUCUUUGGGUUGGACUCGUUUGCUUCGGGACUGGCAUCGCUGUCUUGGAUGACAUACUUCUUUAAGCGCAAGUUCUCGCUCCCCGAGAGCGAGCUUGGGUCUAUCUUCUUCACGACGGCCAUUAUUUCCGCCGCGUCGAUGAUCGUUGCAUCUUCCAUUGCGAAGAGGAUCGGCAAUGUCAAGACCAUGGUCUUCACUCAUCUCCCCUCCGCCAUCUGUCUAGCCUUGAUCCCCUUCCCAUCCGUUCUUCCCCUGGCGCUCACACUCCUGAUUCUACGAGCCUGUACGCAGAACAUGGACGUGGCCCCGCGUUCGGCCUUCCUGGCCAGCGCCUUGCCUUCGGACAAGCGCACCGCCAUCAUGGGCGCAGUCAAUGUGGUCAAGACAAGCGCGCAGAGCAUGGGGCCGCUGAUCACGGGUGUAUUAGCCAGCAAAGGGCUGUUUGGCGCCUCAUUCACGGUGGCCGGAAUACUGAAGGCGUGCUACGAUAUUGGCAUGCUGGUUUGCUUUGGUGGGCGGGGUGCGAGGCGGUAAGUGCAGCUGGGCUAUGAAUUCCAUCUCAGGCAUAUGAAAAGUUAUUGUUUAUCGACUUGAGAGUUCUUUGUGGAGAGCUUCUCUGCAACAUGUACAUUUUGGUUACGAGCCGAUUGGGAUAGCCACCUUUACGGCUUCGCGUGUACUUCCUACUCAGGCAUCCUAUGCUCUAUCUACCCGUGCGGUAGAACAAACAAUCGAC